GGAACGAGCGGCGGCGGCGGGCCACGGCGUCCGGGGGUGCCCGGGGCUCCUGGGCUCGGCCGAGCGGCGCGGCGGCGCUGCUGGGCCUGUCGCUGCUGGGCCUCGUGCUGUACCUGGUGCCGGCGGCGGCGGCGCUGGCCUGGCUGGGCCUGGGGGCCGCCGCGGCCUGGUGGGGCCUGAGCCCCCGGGAGUCGUCGCGGGGCCCGCGCUCUAGCCUACCGCCCUCCUCCGCCUCCCAGCCGCGGGCCCGCCGCCCGCCGCCCGCCAAGGCCGCGGUCAACGGGGCCCCGCUGCAGCCGCAGCCGUUCAUGGGCGGUUACCUGGGCAAGCCGGGCCCGCCGGAGCCCCCGCGGUGGGAGCGGCCCGGGCCCGGCGGCCCCCAGCGGUCGCCCCAGCUGACCUCUCCGCAGCUGCUGAGCCCGGUCCGCAGGCUCCACCUCAGGGACCACCUGACUACUCCAAACCGAUUCUCAUUAGCUCCACGGAGGAGAUAUCCAAUUCAGCAGGCACAGUAUUCAUUGGGGACCCUUCCCACAGUGUGUUGGGAAGGCUACCAGAGGAAAAAUGUGCUCUCUGCCCGAAACUCCCACAUGGUAUUGAGCCCCGUGACCGUGAGGAUUGCUCGCCCAGAUCUACCCCGUUCCCCACUGGAGCAGGUCGUGAAUCCAGCUGGGCCCUCACCAUCCAGUAAUGCCCCAGACCCAUGUGCCAAGGAGACUGUGAUGAACGCACUCACAGAGAGUCGGAAAAGGGCAGUGGAGAAGGACGAUCACAUCUUCUGUGAUGCCCAAGAAAACAAGCGAAGGCGCCAUGACAGUAGUGGGAGUGGACACUCAGCGUUUGAACCCCUGGUAGCAAAUGGAGCCCCAGCGUCUCUUGUUCCCAAGCCUGGAUCUCUGAAGAGAAGCCUCGCUUCCCAGUGUUCGGAGGACAACCUGAACAAGAGAUCUCGCACCUCCUCCACCAGCUCCCUGCCUAACACUUCCCCAGGGGGCAUCCCCAGCUCCAUCCGCAAUGCCAUCACCAGCUCCUACAGCUCCACCAGGGGUUUCUCACAGCUGUGGAAGAGAAGUGGUCCCAAUGCCUCACCCCUCUCCAGCCCCGCCUCAUCACGCUCCCAGACUCCAGAGAGGCCCAUGAAGAAAGCACGAGAAGAAGAGUCUCAUCAGUCUAGCUGUUUGACACCCACAGCCUCAGACAAGGAAUCUCAGGCAGAGAAGGGGACAGAUACCCCCACAGGGAAGAAGCAGAGCUCAUGGAGUACCCCGCCCGCCUCUGGGAGUGGUGGGAAGCGCAAGCGUAAAGUCCAGUUGCUGGCUUCUCGGCGAGGGGACCAGCUCAGCCUGCCCCCACCUCCCCAGCUCGGUUACUCGAUUACUGCUGAAGACCUAGACUUGGAAAAGAAGGCUGCAUUGCAGUGGUUUAACAAAGUCUUAGAGGAGAAGACAGAUUCUCCUCCUGCUUCUGUGUCGGAGACGUGCCCUGCCCCUCGAUCUCUUCCCUUCACUUUACCAGCCCCAGAGACCCCUUCCUGCUCAGCAGCUGCUCCUCCAGCUCCCAGUGCCAACCCCCUGCUGGAUAGUCUAAAGAAGAUGCAGAGCUCCCCGGGCCCCCCAGCCCACACAGACCCAUCUGGAGCAGCUGCUGCGGGGGCACCUUCCCCCCUGAAGCUGGCUGGCCUACCUGCUGCCACAGGGCCCUCAGAGCCAGGGUCCCCUCCUGCCACCUCUUCGUCCGCCAAGCCCAUCCUGACCUCCUCUGUGAUCUCUUCAGCCACACCCACCGGCAGUACCCCCAGCCAGGCCUCACAGGAACCUGUGUCAGAGAGCUCCUCCAAGCCCCCCAACCCCGCCAAGCCCCCUGCCCCCGCCAGCACCAAGCCCCUCACCACCACCUCCCCCCAGCCAAGCAUUCUCUUUGGAAUGCUGAGUACCCCAUCUCCAACUUCUGCUGCUCCUGCUCCCGCUCCCGCUCCCGCUCCCGCUCCCGCUCCCGCUCCUGCUCCUGCUCCUGCUCCCGCUCCUGCUCCUGCUCCUGCUCCCGCUCCUGCUCCCGCUCCUGCCACUCCCAUGUUUAAACCCAUUUUUGGGGUUCCCCCUAAAAUGGAAAGUGGAGCUUCCUUGCUGGCUGCCCCCUCUGCCACAGCUCCUGUGUCUUGUGGCACUGCCCUCCCCACACCCCCCAGCACCUCAACCUCAACCUUCAAGCCCAUCUUUGGUAGUAUGGGCCCCCCCACCUCUGUGCCCCUGGCCUCAACUUCCCCUUUCUUGAAACAGCCCUCUUCUGUAGCCCCCACCACAGCCGUCACCACGGCCGUCCUGGCACCCCUCUUUAGUGGCCUCCCCAGCGUCCAGCCUGCCACAGUAGCACCUGCCACCACCGCUGCCCCUGCUGCCAUCACCGCUUCCUCUAGCGGGACCACUGACUCAAGCUCCAAGCCCACCUUUGGCUUUGGGCUGAGCAACUUGGCCAGCACCACGACCAGUGCCCCUCCUACUACCACCGCAGUGGCCACCAGCAGCAGUGCCACAACCACCACCACCCCCUCCCUGUCACAGCCUUUUCUCUUUGGGGCCGCUCCCGCCGCUGGCGCCAGCUUCACCCCAUCCAGUGGCUCCAUGUUCCAGUUUAACAAGCCUGCUACCACCACCACUGCUGUGACAACCACCACGACCUUUGGUGCCGCCCACUCGACCCCCAGCAGCACCACUGGCUUUGGGUUUGGUGGGACCAUCACCACAGCAGCCCUGCCGUCCACCAGCCAGGUGACGUUGACAUUCGGCUCCACCACCACCGCCCCUGCAUUCAGCACCCCCUUUGGCUCAGGUGCCAAGACGAUGCCACCCCCUCCCUACCCAGGGGCCACCCCUAAGCCCACCUUCGGGACUUCUGAUGGGCAGCAGCAGCAGGGGGUCAGCAAAGCAGGCCCCACGACAAGCUUCAGCAGCACGUUCAGCUUCGGGGGCUCAGCAGCCCCAAGCCCGGCCCUCACUCAGCCCACCUUUGGCAGUGCUGCUCAGCCGGCCUUCGGUGGGGCAAAGCCCUCCUCCUCCUUUGGCGCCCCUGCCAGCACGCAGCCUGCCUUUGGCAGCACCAACACAGGCUUCUCUUUUGGCACAACUGCCGCCUCGAGCUUUGGGGCCUCCACACAGACCACCAGCAGCAGCAGCGGCUCUGUAUUCCGCAGCAUGACCCUGGCCCCCUUCACGUUUGGGAGCUCCACGCCUGCAGCCAGUGGCAGUGGUGGCGGCUUUGGGGCCAGCACAGUGGUCCCUGGAACCAGCUCGAGCACCCCAUCGUUCAGCUUUGGAGCGAACCAGAGUGGGGCGGCCAGUGCCACCACCCCCUUUGGGGGGGCCUUGAACCAGAACCCCCUGGCCGGCCCGAGUCAGAGCACACCCUUUGCCUUCAGUGUGGCCAACACCACCGAGAACAAGCCUGUAUUUGGAGGCACUGCCACGCCUACCUUUGGCCAGAAUGCUCCAGCCCCCGGAGCAGGCUCGGUGGGCAGUAGCCUUUCCUUUGGGACCCCAGCCACGCCAGCCCAGGGCUUUGUGGGAGCAGGGCCAUCUUUUGGACCAUCGACCCCUUCGUUUUCCAUUGGUGCGGGAUCCAAGACCCCUGGGGCCCGGCAGCGCCUGCAGGCCCGGAGACAGCACACCCGAAAGAAAUAGCUGUCCCACCCUCCCCCACCAAACCCUUCCCUUCCUUUCCUACCUCCACCAAGCCCUCCACCUUGGCUCCUGCUGUGAAGAGCCUCAUCCUUGUCCCCAUUUUUGUACAGCAAGCCCACCCCAGCCCCACCCCCCCUCUAGCAGCAGUUGCCGAGAAGGUGGCUGCCCUGGAAGCGGAGGGGUGGAAACCCUUUUUACUUGAACAGUUCCACUGCUGAAACUGGAGAAACUUGUGUACAUAUCGUCAGCCUUGCCUCUCCUUUCCUGACUCGUCUCCUCGUUGUAUGUGUGUCUGUCAGCUUGGCCAAGGAUCCCUUUUCCUGCCUCCUGCCUCCUGCCUCGCCUCUGGUCCUGGGCAUGGGGAGGGCUUGGCCCUGAGCCUCCCAGCUCUCCUCCUGCUCCAUGCGGCUGCCAUGGCAGGGGUCUUGCUUCUUGCGCCUCGGGGUCUUGCUUCCUGCUCCUGGACUUUGUCCCCCAGGGAAGCCUUCCUGUUCUUGCGGUGGGUCUGGCUAUUCAUUGAAGGCUAUUCCUGACACCCCACCCUUUUCCCUUCCCCUGAAAAGAGAGAGGGAUGUUGUGGCCAAUGUAGCCCUCACAACCUCAGGGUUGCUUAGCCAACAGAGCCUUUCCCUGGAGCCCCUGUCCAACAAGGGAGCAGGACAGCUAGCAUAGCACACUGCUGCUCUCAGCUUCGCACCCUCUCCUCCGCAGUCCUGUUUUUGUUUUCUGGGUUUGUCUGUAUAAAGCUGUGUCCUGUCAGUGUUGCUCUGUCUGAUGCUCAUUGAAUCGAGUUUGGAGGAAAAAUUGACUUGUGUGAGUGGCGGCAUGUUGGUAGUGCCGGACUUGAUGUUAAAAGCUUUUUAAGGGUCCAGGAGUUUCCUACAGAAACCGGACCCGCUCAAUUGGAUGUGGAAUGUGGCCGUGAGAUGCUACACGUGCUGAGUGACUCCUGAAUUUUCAAACAGUGUUUUGACUUGAAGGGAUGGCAGCCCAGGAAGGAAUAAGGCCCAAGGGACAGGGUGCUGUGAAUGUAAGCAGAGGAUGACCCCCCCCCCUUGCUUUGGGCUCCCCUACACACACACACACACACACACAUACCCUUUGUGAUCUCACAGUAGGGCAUAAGCUUAUUUUACUUCUGGGCUACAUGCCUUUCUAGGGUCAUCGAGGGGGGUCAUGGAGGUCUGGUAUUAGGUAUUCGUCCAAGGACCUCCCUACCCCCUCAGCAAGGAGGACGUGUGCUCAAGGUAGUCUCCUUCAGUUCCUUUGGGCCAAGAAGGAAAGCCCUCUUAAAGAGUAGGUAAGCUACACACAGCCUCCCAAAGCCCACUUGUUCCAGAUUAGGGCCGUGCCCCAUCCUCUCAAUACCAAAUCAGCCCAGAGCCCCCUCUCCCUGGCCCAGGAGCCUUGCUGCUAUGCCAUCACUUCUGGGAGAAGUGUGAAUGUGUGUGGGUGAUUUGCCUAAGUCUAAAUUUCAAAAAAUGAAAAAAAAGAAAAAGAAAUAUUUAAACAUUUUUUUAACAAAAUAAAAUUUAUUUUUAUAUUUAAGCUAAAUUGCCUUUUGAAUUCCUUCAAGCUUGGUUCAUUGAGGCUGUGAGAAAGUACAAAGCUGUUGUCCAGAAAUUAGCUGAGCAGUUAGAUCUGGGUGAGAAGGAAGCCUGACGUCGUCUGGGGGAGGAAGGGCUCGCUCAGACUCCCUUUUCACCCAGGGAAUCGUUAAUUCUUUUAUAAUAAUGUGAUGUAUGUGAAUGUGGCUAGGGCAAGGUUUUCCCCCCUGUGAUAGCAGCGCUGGAGGUGGCAGAGGGGCAUUGGAGGGUCUCUCAAGCUCCAGCCACUGCUCAGUCCCGCGGGGCCUCGGGGGGAAGCUGAAUCAGGUCAAACCAGUCUUUCCAUGGCAGUGGUGGGAGCAAGAAGCCUGCCAGUCAGCAGAACAGCCCAGAGAGCUGCCCGCGCCCACUCAGCUCGCGGCCUCGGCGACACGCGCGAGGCCGCACAGGAACAGGAGACAAAACUUUCCAAGAGACGCUGUUCCUGUUGAGUCUGGUGGGAAUUUUGUGUGAAUGUGCAAUUUUUUUUCCUUGCUUCUUAUAAUGUCAUUGAUUUUAAAAAUAAACAAAACUGUGAUCUCCA